AAUUUUCUCCAAAGCUACUCCCCCAUCGAAACAGUUUUGUGCGCUGCUCGCUUUGUGUGUAAUUUACGGAAAAAAUCUAUCGAAAAAUGGACGCUUUCGGUGAUGGAAACUUCGACCAACCGGAGGUUGAUCCGGCGGCCGAGUUUUUGGCCCGGGAGCAGAACGCCCUCGCCGGCUUGGAGGACGAAAUUCCUCUGGCACAGCCAGCAGCCACGGGAAACGGAGUCGACAACGAUGACGUGACUCAACCAAAAGCAGAACCCAUGGGGUUUGAGUUCGAAUCGACCGGCAGUUUCGAAAUGAUCAAUAACGAUGCGGACCCGUCCGGUGGACUGUCGGAUUUCACUGUCAAAGCCGAACCGGACCUGGACGGCAAUAAUGAUGCUUUGUUCUCUAAUAGUCCCAUUAACUCGAACGAAGAAGAUGUUAAUGAUGAUUUUUCAGGGUACACAGUACCGAAACAAGUGACGGAGGAACCAGAACGAAUCCGCAAGUGGCGCGAGGAGCAGAAGGCUCGCCUCGAGGAGAAGGACCGCGAGGAAGAACGCAAGAGGGAAGAACUGCGUGAGCAGGCCCGCAAGGAACUCGAAGAUUGGUACAAACACCACGAGGAAGCAAUCUCCAAGACCAAGGCCGCUAAUAGAAACGCCGAAAAGCAGUUCGUGGCCGAGACGGACGAGAUCGAACCCGGCACCGAGUGGGAACGCAUCGCCAGGCUGUGCGACUUUAAUCCGAAGACGAACAAGUCCAGCAAGGACAUUUCCCGGAUGCGGUCCAUCAUUCUGCAGCUGAAGCAGAACCCGAUCUCGACCAGCAAGAAGGUUUAAAUUAAGCAGCUUGGCUGCCAUUUAGAAAUUGAACAGUUAGAUUACACGUAAUUACACAUAGCAGGAGAGGAGGGGGAGUGGAGCGGUUACAGUAGAUCCAUCAUUUAUCCCGUAAGAAGACAAAUUAUACUAGACAAAAUGCUGAUUAUGUAUUAAAAUACUUAUAUGAUACCUAAAGGGUGGAAAUACAACAAAUCAAGAGACAGGUUGGGCUUGCUCUACUUGAAAACUCUUUAUUGAUUAUACGGUUUUUAGUAGACUUUUCGUGCUUUGUUUGUUUUGCGAUUACAAUUAUUUGCUUGAGAACAGUGUCCUUUUGAUUACGUGAUUCGAAUAAAUACUUUUGCUUUUGCUGCUGUUACCGGCUACUCGAUAAAAUUGCUCCUAUUAAUCACUAAAUAUUAUUAGUAGAAAGGUAGAUAAAUACUUUCCGGGUUUCUUUGUUUUUUUUUUGUAAUUCUCGUUUGCAAACUCCAAACCAUUCCGCAAAAGUUCAUGCCUCGGUUGCUGAAUUUGCAACGACUUAUGACUUAUAUAUAUAUAUAAUAUGAAUUUUGUAUUAGUUUAAAAAGUUUUCCUUUGUGUUGUAUUGUUUCCUAAAUUUCAUUAUUAUUAUUUUUUUCCGUUUGGACCGGGUGCAUUUACUGGCUCAUUAAGUUUCGACUGUUUUCUUCGGCGUAGAGAAAAUUAAAAGUUUGAAAACGGUAAAUAAAAGUGUCAAGCUAAACUUUCCAUUCAGAGUAGAUAAAAUAAUGCCGACAAAGUAGUACUAAAUCUAUUGGUUAUUGUAACUAAGCAAACAUGAUAAAGUGCUACACGCGAUAAAAUAAACUUGUUUGAAAAAUGCAAA